CUUGCUCGUAAGCGAAGGUUAAGAGAAAAGAGGAGCUCUUUAAGUCAUGGACUAUGCGGAGCUAUUUCAGGACAAGGCGCUGGGCGCCGCAAACGUGGCAGCUUGGCCCAAAAUGAUCAAACUGCGACCAUAUGUGCCCUCCAAGCGCAUCGCCAUACGGGAGUCAUCAAUUGAUGAGGACAUCAGUGAUGAUGUCGACGACGAGGUGUUCAUCAAGGACGCCCGUUCCGCCAAGCGCAGCGAAGAGCAGGGCCUGAAGCGUCCGCUGAUGGCGCCGCGUCGGAAACACAGUUCCGGCUCGGGGAGCAGCUCCACACCGAUCAUGAAGCAGCACAAGCGUCGUCGCUGCUGCCGCUGCUGUGAGCCCUUCUGCUACAUUUUGGCCGCGCUCACUGUGCUCUGUGCCGUGCUCAGUUUGGCGGCACUGAUGCUGACGCUGUUUCCGCUGCCGAUGCAACGCAUCCAUCACUGGUGGAGCGAGGAUGCACAGCUGGCAGCGAUAUCCGUUGCGAGCGCCAGCUAUGGCAGCAGCCUGGGCAGUGAAUUUGUGCCGUGCACGCAGAUCCGCGUGCAGCAUCUGUGGACACGCAGCAUGGCGCGCAUGAACAGCGAGAGUCCGUUGCGUGCCGCCGAUCUGAAUGGGGAUGCCAUCAAGGAUGUGAUCUUUGGCUAUGGCGUCGACGACAACAUACACUACGAGGGCAUUCCACUGCCGCGCUGCAAGUCGGCCCAAGGCGGCGACGAUGUGCCCUGCGAGGGUGGCGUCGUCGCUCUCAAUGGUCGCGACGGUUCCAUUCUGUGGCAGACGUGGAGCGUGGCCAAUGUAUUCUCGCUCCACUGCAACGCGGACAUCGAUCGCGAUGGCGGCAUCGACUGUUUGGCGGCGGGAAGAUUGGGCAUGAUCUUUGCCAUCAAUGGACGCACUGGUCAGGUCAUCUGGACCUUUCACGAGCUCGAGGUGGAGACGAACUCGCCCAUUGUGAUGGAUCUCUAUACGAUCAAUGUGCUGCGCGACUUGGAUGGCGAUGAGGUGCCCGAUCUGAUAGCCGCACAUCUCGAAGAGCGCGAGGAAUCCAAGGCGGGCCACAUUAAACUGAUCUCGGGCAAGACGGGCAAGGUGCUGCGCAGCAUUCCAACGCCACAUCGCGAGGAGAUGUUUGUGCCCAUACAGCUGCUGACACGCGCUGACGGCACCGAGCUGCUGCUGAUGCUGACUGGUGGCCAGAAUACGCCCGGUGGCAUUUACAGUCUGCGUUUAUUGUCGCUGAUGGCGCACACCAGCGAGAAGCAUUUCACGCCGCUGCAUCAGCAGGUGGGAUCGGGUCUGAUGGUGCCGGCGGUGCUCAGCGAUCUCAAUGGCGAUGGCAUCUCUGAUGUCGUCGUGGCAGCAUUCAACAGCAGCGUGUAUGCAUUUGAUGGCCACAACUAUAGCAUGCUGUGGAACUAUUCGUUUCCGGCCAGCGAGUGCGUCAGCGCCAUUGUGCCGGGUCACUUCAAUCGCGACAAUGUCACCGAUUUUAUGGUCAAGUACAACACUGGUCCCGGCUUUCCCGUCUACUACUAUUCGCAAACAACGAUCCUCGACGGACGCACUGGGCAGCCGCUGCUCAAUGCCAUGAUGACGGAUGCUGGCGGAGCGAGCAGUCUCCUUGGUGGCGUUUCCGUUUCGCAGAGCUUCGGUGGCGACUUCUUCCUGCACUGGCAGCUGCAGUGCCGCAACAAGCAAAAUGCCCGGGAUGCCUACGAGUUUGUGCCGGACAGCGACAUCAUUCUGCAGGCACGUGCCGACACCUGCCGUCUACGCUACAAUGAGUCCACGGUUCUCAAGCUCUAUGCGAUUGCGCGGCACCUUGAGCCGCCGGGUGCGGUGCUCUUCAGUACAGAUGACAUCGACGUGCACCUGAAUCGCACACAGAGACCAGCUGCAACUGGCAAACAGUCGCCGCUGAAGCAUCCAAAGUUGCUCAAGAAACUGCUGGCGAGCCGAGAGCAGCUGCUCAGACAGGCGGCAGUAGUGGAUGCAGUUGAGGAGCAAUUGACCGGUCCAGCCAAGCACAACAAGCAUCGUAAGCAUCCAUUGCCUGCGGAGCUGCUGCCCGACCCGGAGACGGACAACGAGUUGCCCAGCUUUGGCGGCGGCUACAUCAAGGAGCCCUACAAGGAAUUUAAGGACUAUGAUCCGCUGGCUCUGCCUGCGGAGAAUCCGAAUACGAUGCGUCAGCCGGAGGAAUACGAACUGGUGUACAAUGAUGAGCUGCCGCAGCAGUUGCCUGAGCAGAACGAUCGUCCCAUUCGCAUGCGCACCAAAUAUCCCAGUGGCAGUAAUCGAGAUGUGCGCAGCGGCACACUGGAGUCGAGCACGACUAGCAUACCCAGCCCCACCAGCACAAGUCAGCCGCUUUCCGCACAAUCGCCGCUCAGUCUGUGGGACUUAGAGCUGGACAAUGAGGCGGUCGAACAGGCAGCGGAUGCAGCUGCUGCAGCAGCUGCGGCAGCAGUCACCAGUUCCAAUAGACAGUCGCAGUAUCGCAGGCGCAAGCGUGAGGCAGCCAACUCCAGCAGUGCCAGCAGUAGUAGCGGCAGUGUUUCCACAACAAAUCGUAAUAAUGCUGGCGAGGAUGCGACGCCAGCGGCGACAGAGGAUGCCCAGCCCGAGGAUUGGUAUUUGGCAUCCAUUUCGUCAACGGGUGUGCUGCUGAAGGCGCUCAACAAUGCAAGCUCAUCUGUGGACUUUGCCUUUGUGCUCAACAUACGCGAAUCGGAGGCGUAUCCACCGUUGUUCUCGCCGCAGGAUCUCAACUGCGUCGACGAGAAGAUUAGCGCCUAUAAAAGUUACACCGCCGACAACUUGCGCGUGUUGCGCAAGCAAUUCCUCAAGCAGUGCCUGAGCGAGCGGCUCGUGGACGCAGAUCCCGCGUUGCCCAAAUACGAAUCUCAGUUGAUAAUUACGAGAAUUGGGAUAACAUGCACCUGCCGCUCAUUGCAACCGGGCGAGGUGUGCUCCGAACUAGAUCCGAUUGAGGCACAGCGCUGGACUGAGUUUAUGGGCAACGAGGGCAACGGCUUUUAUGCCAAUUAAAUAUCUAAGUCUAUCCUAUAAAUCUUUCUCUACUCCAACUAUUGUAAUUAAUCGAUUGUCAUUUAUGUGUGUGGCUGUUUCUUGUAAUUGUAAUAGUGUUUACAUGUGUAUUUGUGUAUAUUUUAUGAUUCUUUUUAACAUUA